AUGAGUCAACGUGAUAUUAAUCUUCUUGAUUUACCAAAUGAGAUAUUAUUUAAUAUUUUGAAAAAACUCAAUAAUAUGGAUGUUCUUUACUCACUACUUGAUAUCAACAAUCAACGACUUCAUAUUAUAGCACAAGAUAAAAUCUUCACAAAUAUUCUUAAUUUUGUUUCCAUAUUAUCAACUAAUGAUAAUUCUUCAAUUUCUAAUCAAAAACUUAAUAGAUUUUGUUUUGAAAUAUUACCUCAAAUUCAUCAUAAUGUGAAAUGUCUCAUUCUCGAAUUAGUUUCUAUAGAACGUAUUCUUCUUGCUGGUGAAUAUCCUAAUCUUACUCAACUUAAAAUUUUCAAUUUCAAUAAAGAAAUCAUGUCACGUUAUUUCAAAGCUUUACUAGAUGGUCGUCUUAAACAAUUAAUUACAUUUAUUGUUCAAAUUGAUUUUAUCUAUGAUAUGCCAUCGAUAUCUUACAACAUGGAUGAUCUACCUAAUUUGAAAUGUUUUUCAUUAAUAUGCUAUAAUGCAACUGGUUUAUAUGACAAUUUAGUUGUAUCUCUUCUUCGCCGUAUGUCACAUCUUGAAGAACUAACUUUGCAUGUUUGUAUCUUAAAUCGACCUACAUUUAUCGAUGGUAUUCAUCUGCAUAAGGAAAUUCUGAUUUAUAUGCCACGACUUGAUAAACUUACUUUUUAUAUUAAUACAACAAAUGAGAUCAAUGGUUCAAUUCAUCGUCUAUGUAACGAUGAUAUCCAACGAACGUUUUCAUAUAUAAAUCAUCGUCAAGUGAUUUCUAUUGUAGAUUAUUUUGGUAGUUACAAGGCCGCAUGUCAUGUUUUCUCUCUUCCAUUUCCAUUUCAUCGUCUCCAAUGGAUCACGAACAAUUUUCCACCUAUUAUAUUUAGUUCUGUAACUCAUUUGAAGUUAUCGGAUACUGUUCCAUUCAAACCUGAAUUUUUUAUUCGAAUUGCACGAUCGUUUCCAUCACUUAAAUAUUUGUCUGUUAGUAAUAUCCGAUCUCUAUUGUGGAGCUUUCAUGAAUCUUCUUCAAUUAAUGAUCAUUCAUGUUCAAUUGUUGAAUAUUCUCAUCUGAUUUCACUUGACAUUGAUUUUGUGAAUAUUGAUUAUGUUGAUCAGUUUCUCAAUGAAACAAAAACAUGUCUACCAUGUUUAACCGAAUUAGUAGUUCAAUUUGACCCAUUGAAAAAUGUGACAGAGAAUUUUACAAGAGAUGCGACGCGACGAAAUUGUGCUAAAGUGAAACGAUUAAUUGUUAAAAAUUUAAUAGAUUUUCCGCAAGAUGUUUAUCGCUAUUUUCCUUCAUUGUAA